AUCUGAUUACAGAAAACCAAAUAACCCAACACCCUACAUAUGACACGAUGCGACUACGACGCUGUAUUCUACAGGGUUUUCUGUAUCUCACUGCUAGCCAUCGCGUUCACAUUCACUGUGAUCCUAACCAAUGUGUUCAUUGAUAUCGACGGAUUGCUCGCUAGUAAGAAAGAACCCAACACCCUACAUAUGACACGAUGCGACUACGACGCUGUAUUCUACAGGGUUUUCUGUAUAUCACUGCUAGCCAUUGCGUUCACAUUCACUGUGAUCCUAACCAAUGUCUUCAUUGAUAUCGACGGAUUGCUCGCUAGUAAGAAAGACAAACACAACACUCAUAUUAAUGAUAACAUCAUUCAUGAUGAGUUUACUCCCGAAGCCACGGACAUUAAUGAAGAAAUCAAUUAUGGAGAAAAUGAUGAAUCAUAUAGAACCAAACGAUCCGUUGAAACCCAAAGCUUUCUUUUUCACAUUAAAAAUCCAAAAGUGAAAAACAUACUAGCCAAUAAGCUAUCAUCUCUGCUAGAAGAAUUAGACGCAGAAGAAACAGCAGACACUAAGCUUAAAGAAAAGUUAGCUAAAGAAAUAGCAAAGACUACAGAAGCCCCUGUCCUUACUACAGUAGCACCAAAGCUAUCUAUUAAAGAAGAUGAAAAAAAGAAAAAAGAUGAUGAACUUCUACAUUUGACGAUGCAUAACAUUCUUCUGCAAGGAAUUAUUGGACAUUUGGACUUAAAUGAUGUCUACAAACGGGUCUACUCUCUGAUAUCCAAUUUCAAUGAUUUGCAGCAAAAGAAAGAUGGACUCAGGCAAAAUCCAAAUGAAAAAUCUAAUAAUAAUCCGGAAUCAAGGAUAUUGCCAAAACCAGUUGAAGCGAAGUUUUUCGAUGAAAUGCUAAACUGCAACGAGCUGCAGGAACAAAUUGUUGAAAGCGCUACAGUUAAGGAGGAAAAUAAGAAGCCAGUAAAAGCAAAACCUAACGUGAUGAUUAAAACGAUCAUAGAUAUAUCAUCACCGGCAAAGGAUAAUGACACUAAAUCAUCAAAAGACAACGUCAAAGGCGUCAUAGAACUAGUAUACAACGGUAAAACAAUAAAAUUCACUCGACCAGAUAUUACUGAGACAUUACAACCAUCCCUACCAAAAUCACUCCAACCAGUAAUUCAACCAAAAGUAUCCCAACCAAGGACAGUAACACCAGAAACAACCACUGCAAAAGUUAAUAACGACUAUAAUUUAGUACCAAAGAUGUAUUUAAACAAAUUCAUAGAAGAAUAUUUUAAAAGAUACCCAAAAGAUAACUUGAAAGAUUCAAAUAAUGAUGCUAAAGACCAUUUCGAAACUAAACGCUUUAAAAGACACGUAAAAAUAAAAUACGACGGAUAUCCUAAAAAGAUUCUAGAAAAACCAGUUGAAAAAGCAGAAGACGACGAUUUAUACGUUGAAAUAGAAACUCACUUUGACAGCAAAGGCUUAAAAGGUGAGAAGAAAAAGAAACUAAUAAGGAAUAUCAUAGAAAAAAUACAAAAGGCCAUACACACUGAUAUGAAAGGUACACUUAUAACUCCGAAACGAGAACCGAAUAAAAUGAGGCGAUUACAUUUCAAAAAACGCCUCCAAGACCCGCUAGAUCAUAAAAGUAACCAUGUCUUAGUAAACAAAUACAGUUUGCCGUUAAAAAACCUUUUCCACCGUCAGUUGAACCCUAUCAGCAAGACAGUGCCGAUGCAAGAGAGCUCACCUUAUAUUGGUUCAAGGUCUGGAGAAGAAUGGAAGAAACCAUGUUUCGGGCCCCAUUUUUUAGCUGCCAAUAAAGCCAUUAAUUCAGCUGAACUAAGUCAAGUAGACAUUGAUUAUAGCAAAAUUCUAGACAUAAAUGGUGUACCACAAAGACUACAACAGCCUUUGAAUACAGAAGCCAGUGAAGAGAAUCUUAACACGAAUUCUUUUUAUGAUGUCGGUAAGAUGAAAUUUUUCAUCAAAGACAUUGAUGGUUCUGGGUUUUCCGUAGGUUUCAACCAAUAUGUUGAUGAGCCACCAGAUCCUGAUACUAUGAGGCUGUUCACGGGUCUAGAAAAUGUUAUCAAGACUUACCAUCAGACCUAUGAUCCUGUGCCAGAAGGACCUCAAGCUAGCACGACCACAGAAGCUAAUAUAAAGCCAGAAAUUAUUCCCAUGCCCACAAGGAAUGUUGAACAUAAUAUAGAAAGGAGAUCUGUGAACAAGAAUCAUGAUUAUCAUUCUAAUGAAUAUAAAAUUAUAUACGAUAAUAAUUUCAUGCCUUAUCGUAAUUAUCGAGACAUUUUUGAGUCCAACAAAAUCCAGCCACGGUCCAAAUUAGCGUUCACUUCUCAAAAACGUUUAAAACUACCUUUAGUAGUCGACGAAAACGUUUUCGACAAAAACCUGAAACCAGCCGAAAUAUUCGGACUCGCGAGUCUGUUCGAAAGAAAGAAAAGAGCGAUCAACAUGAAUAAAAGAUCGAUUAACAUAAAAAAGAUAUCGAAUUUAAAAAACAAAAUCAAGCUGAAUAGGUUUUUGAAUACAAACGCGAUGCCGACGAAACGAAUCUAUUUGAAUAAGAAGAGAAAUAAACGACAGAUUAAUAAAAUAAGGAUCAUAGCUACAGAUUUGCCACAUAUGUCUAAACAUUCAGAUGAAAAUGUAUUUGUAGUGUCAGACGAAAACGUAUUUGCUGACAGAGCAAUAGUCAAGGACAUGGAAACUUCAGAAGGUGAACAUGACAAGCAAGAAGACUCAGACUAUCUACCUUAUCAGAACGAAGACAGUAUGCCCUCGACUUACAUCACAAAGAUAUUUGAUGGCCGCUCCAGACACAAUCCGUUAAUGUCCAAAUAUCCCCAUGUAUUCAUGGAAGAAAUUUCCCGAUCAAGGGAAGAGUAUAUUCCACACAAUUCGUUAUUAUUUGGCAAAAUCCCCGGUCUUUCCACUCUAAGACAAAGUUUUGAAAUGGAAAAGACUGAUGAGAAAGGUGAUGGUGAACAUAUAACUACUACAAACACUACAGAUGCCCACAACAAUGCUAAAGAUGAAGAACUAGUUAACUCUUUAAUCCCACCACCUAAUAGAGCCAAUUAUAAAGUCACAGUCAAAAUAAUGCCUAAGAACCAAACAGGAUUGAAUUCAGGGUUUAAAGAAGUACAUACAAGUAUUAAUAAGAGAUACAAUAAGAAUGGCUUGCUUUACUCUUCUUUGGUAAACGUAUCAGAAAUAUCGAAGAUAAUUAAACUGAAUAGGACUAAAGAGGAAAUGGAAGCAGACAUGAGGCACGGAGGACAAGUACAACUUAGAGUACUAGGGCCACACGACAACUUUAUGGCAAAAAGAAUGAAAGAACAACAAGCUAAAAUGUCUUUUCUAUUAAAGCAACAUGCAAAACACAUAAACGAACAACUAACCAGACUCAAUGAGGAGAAAAUCAAUCUAGAAUCUUUGCUAACCAAUGAUAAUAUAACUGAGAUUAAAUAUGCAGACUAUGAUGAUACAAAUCCAAAGCCUUAUUUACCUAAUACACCAGUAAAGAGAGCUCCAGACAGCAUAGAAGAGGAACCGAAAGAAGAAGUAACAACGACAACUCAAAAGCCAAGAACUGUUAAAACAACUGCAACAACUGCUGCACCCACUACAACAACAGCAACAACACACCACUCGCUACAACAACACUUAUUCACAGAGAAAAUAAAAAAGAAUAUAAUAAACACAAUAGAAAGAAAUGGGAACUUAACAGACCAAAUACUGAGAAAGAUAGAUAAGAACACAGAAAUACUGCAAAUAUUUUUGAGAAAACUCACAGAGAGAAUACAGGUAACAACGCCUGCACCUAUUACACCAAAAGUAGUGAGAUACGCUGAACCAUUUAAAGUAGACUGGACGAAUCAAGCUGAUCAUUUCAAUCAAAAUAUUAUUGGGAAAAGGAAUGACUCCCAAAUUUCUAUACCAUUUGUUUACGCAUAUCAACAACCUAUAAUGCCUCAUAAAAUUAAUACGCCGGUCGCUAGCGUUGUAUAUCAUGGUCAUAUACAUACGAAUACUAUACACGCUAAAGAUAUACAUGUUGAAAAGGAAAAGAUAAAAUUGGAAGCUAAUAAUCAGUCGAGGUUUUUCAUUGAUGAGUUAGAAAAUGAUUAUAAAGUCAUACCAGUUGGUGAUGUAAAGAAAAAUAGGGAUUUUAUUACUAAUUUAGUUAAUUCUAAUAAUACUAUUUUGACUUGAGUUUUAGAUACUUCUGUAAAUUCUUUAUAAAGAGUUAGUGCAAGUUUUUUUUUAUUUAU